UUAUAGUAUAUGACAGCAGUCAUUCCACACAACACCGUCUUCAGAGUCACUGCGUGUCCUUUGACCUCUGUCGCUUCCAAAAUAGAGAAACGACCUUGUGGAGGCUUGAGUCAUAGUUGCAGUUGUUGACUGCGCAGUUUUGGCUGUCAGUCAAAGAGUUUCACGCGAUGGGCGGCUGAGGUGAAGAAAAAAAAAAAAAAAAAAAAAAAAAGAAGUACGCAGUUAACUUGUCGCAAAGUAUUCCUGCAGGAGAUGUGAGGUUUGCCACACCGGGAGCACUCAGUUAUAACGCGGACUAACCGUUGUCAUCACUUUUAAAUUCUCUCCUCUGAGAGAAAGUGAAGGCGAAACCUCGACACAAGAUUGUUGUCAUCACUGUAGUUGCUCGUCUUAUGGGUCCUCUGUGCUUUACACAUUCCAAGUGACACCAGCUGAUCAACACGUUUUCUGUCUCCCGUCUCCUGUAACCACUGGAGGGUAAUGAGGUUGGCAGGGAGCCUGCACCUUGCUCUGCUCUUGGCCUUGACCUCCAGAGCGUCAGGCCUCAAUAUCCCUCUGGAAGUGGAGCAGCCCCCAACAAUAGUAACUCAGACAUCAGGUCCCAUCAUUGCCCUUCCUUUUGACAAUGUUGUCACUAUUCGGUGUGAAGCCAAGGGCAAUCCGCCACCAGAGUACAGAUGGACAAAAGAUGGCCAAGACUUUAUCCCACCCCACAUCACAACAAACAAGAGAGACCUCACAGGUGGCACAUUUGUGCUUCACAGUAAGAAUCUAAUCCAAUUCCAGGGUAAAUACAGAUGCUACGCCUCUAACAAGCUGGGAACUGCCAUAACAGAGGAGAUUGAACUGAGUGUUCCCAGUGUCCCUAAAUUUCCAAAGGAGGAAAUUAAUCCACUUGUUGUUAAGGAGGGAGAGCCAGUUGUCCUGAAAUGUAACCCUCCAGCGGGCGUGCCCCCACGUCAGAUUUACUGGAUGUCUAUUGGUCUCCAGCACAUUGAGCAGGAUGAGAGGGUUUCCAUGGGCACUGAUGGCAACCUGUACUUCUCUAAUGCCUUACAGAAAGACAAUCGUCCUGAUUACUGUUGCUAUGCUGCCUUCUCCAAAAUACGCACCAUCGUCCAGAAAACCGCCAUGGCUGUCGUGGUCAAGAGCUUGAAACCUGAUAAUGAAUCUGCCAACAGCAGUGAUGCCAGCCCCCCAGUGAGAAUACCUGGCCUGCUGCUGCCCUCUGGUGUUCAGACAGAGAAGGUGCUGUUGAAGGGAGAGGAACUGCAACUCGAGUGUAUACCAGAGGGAUUCCCCACUCCGACAGUGAAAUGGAUGAAACUGGGAGACAAGCUGCCUACAAGGACAAAAUUUCUUAGCUUUGGAAAGCUCCUGACCAUCUCUGCUGUAGAAGAGCGUGAUCAGGGGAAAUACAAGUGUAUAGCUGAAAACUCUGCUGGAGAAGUUGACCACUACUUUGAUGUAAUAGUGGAAGAGCCGCCAAAGUGGCGGACAGAGCCUCCUCAAAGCCAGCUCACUGUGACCGGCUCCGAUGUUCACAUCAAGUGCUCGGUCGGUGGAAAACCACCGCCAGACAUAACGUGGAGGAGGAAUGGAGAAUUUUUGCGAGAUGACCCAGAGGGUAACCUGCGAGUGUUCGAUGACACUGUGGUGCUCCAUAAUGCCAGACCAGAGGACAGUGCUGUCUACCAGUGUGAGGCCUCCAACAGUCAUGGCAGCGUUCUGGCCAACGUUAAUAUAAUGAUCAUGAAUAUGCCUCCUCUGAUAUUGACAAGGGACUACCAAGAGUACGCUGUAAUACUAGGAGGGGAUAUCGUCAUGAACUGCAGUGUUUUUGGCUCUCCACCACCUAAUAUCUUAUGGGCCAAAAAUGAUACUCUCAAACCAAUUGAGGGAGACCGAUUUUUUCCUUUCCACAACGGAUCCUUGCAAAUCAUCAGUGCAAAGAAAGAUGACAGUGGGAAUUAUAUGUGUGCUGCCUCUAACAUGGAGGGGAAGUCAACUGUCACUGCUGUGCUGGAUGUGAAAGACCCUACGAAAAUCGUAAAUCCACCUCAGGACAUGCAGAUUGUCAGUGGAACCACAGCCCAGUUGAUGUGCCAGGCAGAGCAUGAUGAAAGCCUGAAGAGCACCUUUGAGGUGGUGUGGAGAAAGGACGGGGAAGAGAUCCCACUUUCCUCUAAAGAAAAUUCCAGUGUUCAGAAGUUCAGAUACUUUGUGGAUGAUGGCAUGCUGCAGAUCAUGAGUGUGAACCUGAGUGAUCAAGGGAUAUACACAUGCAUUGCUAGAACCAGUCUAGAUGAGGACAAUGCCACUGCGCUACUAACAGUAUUGGAUGUUCCUGAUGCUCCAAGGAAUUUACAUAUAUCUGAAAUUAAGAGUCCGAGGAAUAUCAGCCUGUCUUGGAUACCUGGAAACGAUCACAACAGCUCUAUAACAGAAUUUAUAGUGGAGUAUGGGGAGAACAAAUGGCAUUCUGGCAGGUGGACGGAGCUACAGAAAGUCCCUGGUAACCAGGCAACAGCCGAGCUGGCACUAUAUGGACACCUUAACUACCAGUUCAGAGUGUAUGCUGUUAAUGCCGUUGGACCUGGACCACCUAGUGAGCCCACAGAGACAUACAAAACACCCCCUGCCGCUCCUGAUAGGAACCCAGAGAACAUCAAAAUACAGGGCCAUCUGCCUCAUCAAAUGGACAUUAGCUGGGAGCCGCUGUUGCCCAUCGAACACAAUGGCCCAGGCCUUGAGUACAAGGUGAGCUACCGGAAACUUGGAGUGGAAGAGCCCUGGAAGGACCACUUGGUUAUAAGACACUCCUUUGUCGUGAGAAACACGACCACUUUUGUCCCCUAUGAGAUCAAAAUUCAGAGCAGGAACAGCCACGGUUCGGGACCAGAACCUAAAGUUGUUACGGGUUACUCUGGAGAAGAUGUUCCUGCUGCAGCACCACAGGACAUAGCAGUAGAGGUGAUCAACACUACUCUUCUGAGAGUUAGCUGGACCCCGGUUCCACCUGUCACAGUGAGAGGUCAUCUAGGGGGAUACAAUGUUCAUUGGAUAAGGAAGUGGAGUCUGUUAAAUCCUAACAAGAUUUUAAAUGUGCGCCAGUCCCUGUCCUUCCCUGGCAAGAGGAAUCAUGCCAUCGUCCCAGGUCUGGAACCUUUCUCCAAGUACACACUCACUGUCAGCGUUUUCAACAAGAAGGGUAAUGGGCCCCGCAGUGACAUGGUCACCUUCAACACUCCAGAGGGAGUUCCUGGACAAGUGCACAUGCUGUCUGCUUCCAAUGCCCAGGAAGACUCCAUUUUGCUGGGAUGGGCACCACCUCGAGAGACAAACGGCAUCCUUACUGGUUAUCUCCUGCAGUACCACCUCAUUAAUGAGACAUCACUUGAAGUGGUUGACUCCCAGGAGAUGAACAUCAGUGGGGCUGACACCACUCAGUGGCGGCUUCAGGGCUUAGAAGGAGGCCGCCUCUACCAGUUCCACCUCUGUGCUUGCACACGAGCAGGUUGUGGACCUCCACGGACCCAGGAGGCCAACACCAUCACUACAGAACUUCCAGCCCUGUUGAACAUAAGCUCUUAUGUGAGUGACACCUUUGCCAAAAUCAGCUGGACUGCCAGAGAAGAGCAGCAGGACUCACAGCUUUAUGUGGCUUAUAUGAAUAACCGUGAUGGUAACUGGUGGAUUUCAGAGGCUGUAAACACUUCUCAAAGUUUCCACAUAAUUGAUGGGCUCAAACCUGGGACGGUGUACACUGUACGCCUCAUGGCGAAGAGGCUGCUUGAUAAUGCUAGCAUUUUCGAAGAAGUUAUCCAGACACGGGUCAAAGCUGCGAAGGGCCAGCAGACCGACUUUUCGACCCAGGGAUGGUUCAUUGGGACCAUGUGUGCCGUGGCGCUCCUCACCCUGGUCGCACUCAUGGCCUGCUUUGUGCGGAGAAACAAAGGUGGCAAGUAUGCAGGUACGCCGCCGCCGCGCCAGCGACCAGACAUGUUCUCCAUGGAAAAAGUGAAAGAGAAGGAGGACCUCCACCCUGACGUGGAGUCACAAGGAAUGAAUGAUGACACCUUCUGUGAAUACAGUGACAGCGAUGAGAAGCCACUGAAGGGCAGCAGCAUGUGUUCCCUGAAUGGCAAUGAUGCGGUUGGGGACAGCGUCAGCAGAGACAGCCUGGUUGACUACGCCGACGGCGGAGGAGAAUUCGACGAGGACGGUUCAUUUAUCGGAGAAUACUCCGGACUCAAACGCAGGGUGUCUGUUAGCGAGCCCAGUGGACCCGGCCCAGUCACUGCUUAAAGCCAGGCUCCAGGUGAAACAGUCAAAACUUUUCAAGAUACUUUUAAAAUUCAGCUUCCCUGGCAUUAAAUAUAGCUCAAAUAGCCAAAUGGGGUGGAACAAAAAUGACUCAAAUGUGCGCAAGUUUUUCCUGAACACUGGAGAGAAUACACCAGCCAUACACACAAGUGUGAAAACCAUGUGAGACUUACAUACCGUGAGAGAAUGGACUGCAUCAUUCGAGUGUUUCAUGAUUUUAUCAAUGAUAAUAGUGUUUUUGUACCUAUCAGCCAUAAUCUUAAAUGGUGUACAUUGAUGUUGUACUGACAGACACAAACAUCAAAAACUGUAUAUGUAUUUUUUUUCCACAGUGGAUAAAAAAAUAACACAUGCGUACAGUAUGUAUCUACAACGUGUCAUUUAUCACACAGUGCAGGAUGUCUGACCUUCACUCUCAUGAUUACAAAUCUGGUCAUAGAUGCUUCACAGUAUCACUGCGUCACUGUAUAUGUAUACAUUUUAGAUUUUUGUUGAUACACAAAUGUACAAAAGUUGAUCUUUUGUAUUUUUUUAUUAUGAAAAUGUUGAUGAUGUCUUUUUAUGUCGUUAUAUUAAAAGUGUUUGUUGACAUAAACGUAAGAACAACACAAACUCGAACAAAUUCAAGUAUCUGAUUUAUCUCAACACCUGCCCCUGGUCACCUGCAGAAAUUACUGAAGAUGUACAGUGUACUAGCUGUUUAUAAAGGUUAAAGUGAUAAAAGUC